CGAUUCAGUGAUCCGGAAUCACACCCCGGCUGGGCGGACGAGAGGGAUGCUGUUGCGCAUGGAGCCACCUGCCCUUCGUCGGACAUGGCUCCGAACGAGAGUGAGGACUGCCUGUUCCUCAAUGUCUACACUCCGUCCUCCUCCAGCGGUCAGCGACCGGUCUUAGUGUUCAUCCACGGCGGUGGUUACAGUGGCGGGUAUGGAGACGAAGGUCUCUACGGCAGCCAGUACUUCAUGACGGAGGACGUGGUGGUCGUUACCUUCAACUAUCGCCUGGGAGUGCUCGGAUUUUUCAGUACCGCCGAUCGGACGGCCGCUGGUAAUUGGGGUCUCAAGGACUGCAUCAUGGCGUUACGCUGGGUUCAGGAUCACAUCGCGGCAUUCGGAGGCGAUGCGGGCAGCGUUACGAUCUACGGUGAAUCGGCUGGUGCUGCUAUUGUCGACCUGCUCCUCCUAUCGCCACUGACGGGUGGAUUGUUCCACCGCGCGAUCGCCAGCAGCGGAUCGCCCUUCAACUCGUGGGCCUUCCAACCGAAUCCACUCUAUUACGCAAACCGCUUAGCGGAAGUACUGGACCUGGAGACCACCGAUACCACUGCUAUGGUGGCAGCUCUCCGGCUGGUUCCGUACUCGGCGUUGAUCGAGCAACAGGAAGAUGUGUACUCGAGUGCACCACUACUGGGGUCUCUCGAUUUUGGUCCGGUUGUCGAGCCACUAGACGCUCCCGGACCAAUCGUCCUGCCACGGACGCCGAUGGAGCUCAUCGAGGACGGUGCGUACCAGGCGGUUCCUCUGUUGACUGGGUUCAACAACUUGGAGUCGAUACUGUUAAUAGUACAGGAGGACUUCACUUCAACGUUCAACGCGCAUCCGCACUUAUUGGUGCCGAUGGCGUGGAACAUUUCGGAAGGUAGUUCCGAUGCUGGUGCCGUUAUUGAUGCGUUCGCUCAGUUCUACUGGCAAGGACAGACGCUGGGACCGGAGUUGUUGGAACCGUUUUCUUGGUACAUGACCGACGCAAUGUUCGCGAUCGGU